UAUAUAAACCGUCCGACGUCUGGUCCUCCUCACCAUUCGUCCCGAAGCACCGUACCAAACCGUAGCAGCUUGAACCGACCGAGUUCGAUCCGUUCGCCUAGUACAACACCACCACAGUCACCACCAACCCAUCCGAAAUCAUGAUGUCUCCACUGGUUGUUGUAAUUGGGUUCGUAGCCAUGUGCUCGGCCAGUCCAUCCCUAUACUUCGGCGGUCCACAAUACUACAGCGGUUACUACGCGGCCCCCGCCGCCGUGGUCAGCCCGAUCAAGAGCCAAUACCACACGCAAAACGAAUUCGGACAGUACGCCUACGGCUACAACGACGGAUUCUCCAGCAAAUCCGAGACCAAGCACGCCAACGGUCUGACCGAAGGCGCAUACUCGUACGUCGACCCCAACGGCGUUCUCCAGCAAUACAAAUACGUGUCCGACGAGAACGGUUACCGCGUUUCCGGUACCAACUUGCCUGUGGCCCCAGCCGUCCCCGCGGUCGAGGUGCCCGUCGUCCACGCCGUCCCAGCCGUCGAGUCCGUGAUCGAAGUCAAGGCCGCCGCCCCGGCCCCAGAAGCCGUCGCCGAACCGAUCGUCUACCAGCAGUCCGAGAUCCCGCAGCAGGUGCAAGACACCCCUGAAGUGGCGGCCGCCAAGGCAGCUCACCAGAUCGCUUACGACGAGGCUAAGAAGGCCGCAGACGCCUCACCGGCCGAAGACGAACCAUCAUCCGACGCCGUCGUCCAGGUUUCCGCCGAAGCACCAGCCGCACCCGCAGCACCCGCCGCACCCGCCGCACCCGCCGCACCCGCCGCCGACUACGUCAGCCACUUCGCACCGGCACCCGUUCUAGCCGCCGCCGCACCAGCCCCAGCAGUCUCCUCCGUCGCUUCGUACAGUUACCACCCGUCCGCCGCUUACGCCGCUUACCCGUCGUACGCCGCCGUCCCGGCCCAUGCUCCGGUCGCGUCCUACGCUUACAGCCCGGUCGCGUCCUACGCAUACGCCGCCGCCCCGGUCCCGUCUUACGGUUACGCCGCCCCAUUCGCCACCGGAUCGUACUCGCCGGUGCACAGCCAAUACCACUCCCAAGACGAGUUCGGUCAGUACUCGUACGGUUACAACAGCGGAUCUUCGUCCAAGGCCGAAGUGAAGACCUUCGACGGAGUGACCCGCGGAGGUUACUCGUACGUUGACGCCAACGGACAGGUCCAACACUACAACUACGUCUCCGACCCGGUCAACGGUUUCCGCGUCGCCGGCACCAACGUGCCAGCAGCCAACGCUUUGUAAACAAGCGACGGGCCCGCCAAAGUAUAUUUCCACGAAAACUCUAUACCAUCCCCCUCCCCCCCCAAAAAAAAAACCCACCCCCGUGAACGCCGAUCUGCCCCACAAGUCUCAAUUUACCCCCAUCACGCUGCUACGUUGUUUUUAGGUACCGGAUGUAAAAGUCAAAUGUCGCGUUCGUGUACGAUACGAUACUAUGAUAAUAAUUGUGCGAUGUCACGUGAUUGCGUAACUUCGCGCACUCGUGUUGUAGUAUGACGUGCGUAAACGAAUACGAUAUUACAAUAAUAUUACUAUGUUAAUAAACGCGUGUUUAUGACUCUCCGUCGAGUUUUGUACAGGCUCCCCUCCGAAUUGGUCAAACGGUCCCCGGAGGGGGGGCGCGACGUUACCGAGGAUCGUCGGAUCCGUUUGCCGCCCGACGUCAAACGAAACCGGUGGACUUUGAUUCGCGCAAAGAAAUUUCGUUUCUCGGCACCGUCACGCCCGCAACUCCUCUCCCGCCUCGCCCAACGACGAGGUGGAGGAAAAUGGCUAAAAAAAAACACCUUUUUUGUAAUUUUUUUGUUAGCUUUUAAGUUUUUUUUUUUUUUAUACUCUACACUAUCUUCACGUGAACACAUCAAAUUAUUAUUAUUGUAUUUUUGGUAAAUGAAAACUCUGUUAAUAAUAAAUUCACGAUUUUGUAACUGUA